CCCCCAAUAACAAAUAAAUCCCCAUCAUGGCGAAAACAUACGCAUUACUAUCAACAUCUCUUCCCAUUGUUCCUGUGACAAGAAACCUUUCUUCCAGACUAUGGGAUAUUAGGGGCUUGUUCUACUCCCUCGGAGCCUUCCUCGUCGCCGCCCUCGUACUCGGAGUUGUUCACCUCACUGGCCUGGAGGCUAGAGAUUUCUUCUUUAGCGGCAACAGCCCCGAAAGGGUCAUUGCCGAUGACCCGCCGCCACCAUUGUCAAAGUGUGAUUUGUAUUCGGGAAAAUGGGUAUAUGACAACAAGUCACACUACCCAUUGUACAAGGAGCAAGAAUGCACAUUCAUGUCCGAUCAAUUGGCUUGCCAAAAGUUUGGAAGAAAAGAUUUGGACUAUCAACAUUUGAGGUGGCAACCCUAUCAAUGCGAUAUUCCAAGUGAUCGAUUUGAGGUGGGGUGAAGUGAAUGUUUUGAUGUUGAUAUAUGUUAGUGCACAUGCAUUAUCUAAGGUAGGUUCAAUGCCAUAGCUUUGCUUGAGAAACUAAGGAAUAAGAGGCUUGUGUUUGUUGGCGAUUCUUUGAAUAGAGGACAAUGGGUUUCCAUGGUAUGUCUUGUUGAUUCUGCCAUCCCACCAUCUCUCAAAUCCAUGGACUACAAGUACAAUGCCUCCUUGAUCAUUUUCAAAGCUAAAGAAUAUAAUGCCACGAUUGAGUUCUACUGGUCACCAUUGCUGGUAGAGUCUAAUUCCGAUGAUCCGGUGCAUCACCGCCUGCCGGAGCGGAUCGUGAGAGCCAGUUCAAUCGUAAAGCACGGCCGGAGGUGGACUGAUGCUGAUUAUCUAGUCUUCAAUACUUACCUCUGGUGGAGGCAACCCCAUAUCAAAGUCUUGUGGGCUUCAGUUGGUGAUAGAGACGGAGUCUACAAAAAUGUGGAUAUGGUUCGCAGUUACGAGAUGGCCUUGAAAACGUGGUCCGAUUGGCUUGAAAUUCACAUCAACCGAUCUAAAACCCAAAUCUUUUUUAUAAGCAUGUCACCCAUUCAUGAAAGGGCAGAAGAAUGGGGUAAAAAGGUAGGGGAUAAUUGCUAUGGGGAGACAGAGCCCAUAGAGAAUGAGGGAUAUCAAGGAAAUGGAUCAGAUCCCAAAAUGAUGAGAUUAGUUGAAGCAACCAUUGAAGAGCUGAAAAAUAGAGGAUUAAAUGUGGGAUUGAUUAACAUAACUCAACUAUCAGAGUAUAGGAAAGAAGGGCAUCCCUCAAUUUAUAGAAAACAAUGGGAUUCUUUGACAGAAGAACAAAUAGAAAAGCCCACAUCGUAUGCAGAUUGUAUUCAUUGGUGCCUUCCUGGAGUGCCAGAUGUCUGGAAUGAACUCCUCUAUGCUCAAAUACUCAACUACAUCUUAUGAUUAACAACUUUCAUAUUUUAUUAAGAUGGAUUAAUGGUUAAAGAUUAAUGGAAUUUCGUGCAACUUGGUAAUUUUCAAAUUUCUAUGUCUUUCCAAGUCUGAUUCCGCAAGUGUAUAUAUAGUACGUACAAUAAAGUCAUAUUCAGGAAAUUCGGGAGUGAUUUAUUGAUUUCAUACUGAUUUUUAAUUAUCUUAUUAAUAUACUUG